CGAGGGUAUUUUGGCUGCAACAAUGAGUCCUAUUCAGAAUUUCGAACAACACUCUCGCCUCCUCGUCGAACUUGACCUCCCAAUUCAGACGAGGUUACAAAUGGCAAUGGAGGUUAGAGACAGUCUCGAGAUAGCUCACACCGCUGAGUACUUAAAUUUCCUCAAAUGCUAUUUCCGAGCCUUCUCAAUCAUCCUUUUACAGAUUACAAAGCCCCAAUUCACCGACAAUACCGAGCACAAAUUGCGAAAUAUUGUGGUGGAAAUUCUCAAUAGACUUCCUCACAGUGAAGUUCUUCGACCUUUUGUUCAGGACCUCUUAAAAGUAGCUAUGCAAGUGCUUACUGCUGAUAAUGAAGAAAAUGGCUUCAUUUGUAUUCGUAUUAUCUUUGACCUCCUCAGGAAUUUUAGGCCCACAUUAGAAAAUGAGGUUCAGCCGUUUUUAGAUUUUGUUUGCAAGAUUUACCAGAAUUUUAGGUUGACAGUUAGCCAUUUCUUCGAUAAUGCGGCUGUGGGAAUGGAAGUAGAUAUGAAGCCUAUGGAUACUUCUUCAGUUCCAGAUCAAGGGAUCACUUCAAGUGGAUAUGCAGAGAAUGUGCUGUUGAAUCCCAGUACGCGGUCGUUCAAGAUUGUUACAGAGAGUCCACUCGUACUUCUGUUUCUAUUUCAAUUGUAUAGUCGUCUUGUACAAACUAAUAUUCCUCAUUUGUUACCUUUGAUGGUUGCUGCAAUAUCUGUUCAGGGACCUGAACAGGUUCCUCCCCAUUUGAAGACUCAAUUCAUUGAGUUGAAAGGGGCACAAGUUAAGACAGUUUCCUUUUUAACAUACCUCCCGAAGAGCUUUGCUGAUUAUAUCAGGCCACAUGAAGAAAACAUAUGUAAAAGCAUUGUGAAUUUACUUGUUACAUGUUCGGACUCUAUAUCAAUUAGGAAGGAAUUGUUGGUAGCAUUAAAACAUGUUUUGAGUACAGAUUUCAAGAGGGGUUUGUUUCCUUUGAUUGACACACUAUUGGAAGAGAGGUAUUUGCUAUAUGUUUACUUCAAGAUGAAUUAUUAA